AUGGACGGUACAUACGCUGCGAGCACGCAUGCGCCAGAGGGCAUAUAUCAAUCGCAGACUUGGGAGGACUGGCUUUCCUCUCAGAUGGCUCCUCUGCGGCAGCUCCGCGUGCAUUUGACGGACUAUGAACACAUCAUUGAGCCCGACGUAUGGCUGCAGGUUAUCUACAUUUCGGCUGCUCUCUUCUUCGUCCUCUCUCUCCGGGGCCUCAGCCACCAAGAGAGCGCAAAAAUGGGAAAUGUGUACGGAGUUAUCGGCAUGCUCGUGGCGAUCGUAGGAACGCUGGUGUCCCCUUUUGUUUACGGGCGAGCCAUUUGGAUUUUUUUCGUCGUAUGCGUCCCUCCUGCGGUCCUCUCCGUUAUUGUCGCUAUGCUCGUCAAUAUGACGUCAAUUCCUCAACUCGUGGGCGCUUUGAAUGCCUUCGGCGGUCUCGCAGCUACACUCGAGAGCUUCGCUCUCUACUUUUCUCCGUACGAAGUCGCGAAGCAGGACGCCAUGCACUCGGGAGGCGAGACGCGAUAUGUGCAGUUCCAGGUCUACCAGACUGUUUUCUACCUCAUCGGCGCCUCGGUUGGGAUGAUCACCUUCACGGGGUCGAUGGUCGCGUGCGGCAAGUUGUCGGGUUGGAUUGCUUCGAAGCCGCGCGUCUUGCCGCUGCGUUGGCUGUGGAUGCCGCUCCUGCUGGGGCUUCUCCUGGCGGCGGGUGCAGGGGCGGGCGUCUUUGGGCUCAAUGACGUCCCCGUCGGCGCCGUUUGCCUCGGGCUUUGCACGCUUCUCUCUGCGCUUUACGGCGUCUGCUUCGUUUCGGCGAUCGGCGGCGCGGACAUGCCUGUCGUCAUCUCCGUCCUCAACAGCGGGAGCGGCUGGGCGGGAGUGUUUGCGGGUCUGACGCUGCAAAACAGCAUCAUCAUCAUUGCGGGCGCGUUUGUGGGCGCCUCGGGGAUCAUUCUCUCCUACGUGAUGUGCCGCGCAAUGAACCGGUCACUCUACAACGUCCUCGUGGGCGGCUUCGGCGACACGGGCGCGGAGACGAACGCGCAGCUGUUUGAAGGCGAGGCGAACAUUGUGCAGAGUGAGCAAGUCUGCGAAGAGCUGCUCGCCUCCAAGAGCGUCAUCAUCGUCCCUGGAUACGGCAUGGCCGUCUCCCACGCGCAGUUUGCUGUGCAGGAGCUCAUCGCGCAGCUCCGCGAGCGCGGCACGCGCGUCCGCCUCGCGAUCCACCCCGUCGCGGGGCGCCUGCCGGGUCACAUGAACGUCCUCCUCGCGGAGGCCGACGUGCCCUACGACAUUGUCUUCUCGAUGGAAGAAAUCAACGACGAGUUCCCCGACACCGACACCGUGAUCAUCAUCGGCGCAAACGACACAGUCAACCCCGCCGCGCAGGACGCACCAGGCUGCCCCAUCUACGGCAUGCCCGUUCUCGAAGUCUGGAAGGCGGCGCGCGUCGUCGUCCUAAAGCGGUCGAUGCGCGUCGGGUACGCAGGCAUCGACAACCCGCUCUUCUUCUACCCGAACUGCCAGAUGCUUUUGGGAGACGCCAAAGCCUCUGUUCAGAGCCUGGUCGCCGGCCUCCACAGCAGCGUCGCCCGUGCGAGCCCCUCGACAGCCUUGCCCAUGCCCGCCGAGUCCCCCAAACCCAAGGGCGCAGGCGCCGCCGCCGCAGCGAAAGGCGAACAGGACGAUGGCAGCGCAGCGGACGAGCGACCCGUCAGCCUCCUCCUCACAGACAGAACGGGCGUAAGCGACGAGGCAAACAAAGGCACGCCGGCCAAGCCCGGGUCGGCGUCCGCCGUCGAGGAGGCCCAGACGGCUGAAGCCGCACCCCCCGCGUUCUUUGUCGGGGUGCUGAGAGAGCGCCAGGCGCUAGAGCGGCGCGUGGCGAUGACGCCGAAUGUGGUGUGCAUGAUGAGAGACAACCUGCAGCUCGGUUGCAUCGUGGAGACGAACGCCGGCCUCUCCGCGGGAUUCUUGGAUGAGCAGUACCGCGCCGCCGGCGCGAUUGUGGUGGGCUCGCCGGCCGAAGUCGUUCGGCGCUCUCGCGUUGUCCUUAAAGUCACCUCCUACAGCCCUGACGAGCUGAAUCUGGCGCAGCCGCCUGUCGAGGCGAAGGACGCCGAGGCGAAGGACACCGAGGAGAAAGCGAACGCUCUCCCCGGAGACAGCGAGAGCCCCGUCCCCACUGCGUCUCUUCCGCCCCUCAAGCCCCGCGAGGGAGGAGCGGAGACCGAGGGCGACGCGAGCGCCCCUAAAGCCCCUUCGUUCCUCUCUUCUUCUGAGAAGGUGUUUGUCGCCGGAUUCAUUGGUCCACACGCCGCGACGAGGAAGUCCCCACCCUCUGCAGCGGCGGGUUCGGGGGCUGCGGACGCGGCGCCGCCGCGCGAGGGCGGCGCGUCGUCACCGGUGGACGCGCUGAUUGCCGCCGCGCUGCGCCUGCCGCACGUGACGCUUCUCUCGCUGGACGUGCUUCCGCGGCUUACGGUCACGCAGAAGAUGGACGUCCUGUCGAGCACUGCAAAGCUCGCGGGCUACCGCGCGGUCGUUGAGGCGAUAUCGCACUUCGGCCGCCUGAUGGGACCGGAGAUCACGGCCGCGGGCAAGUAUCCGCCGGCGAAGGUGUUGGUCGUCGGCGCGGGCGUCGCGGGGCUGCAGGCGAUAGGCGACGCGCACCGCCUGGGCGCGGACGUGCGCGGGUUCGAUGUCCGGCUCGAGUGCAAAGAGCAAGUCGAGUCGAUGGGAGGUAAGUACCUGGUCAUGGACUUUAGCGAGGAGGGCGCCGGCGACGGCCAAAACGCAUCGCAGGGGGCGAGCGGCUACGCGCAGCCGAUGAGCGAGGCGUUCCUGCGCAAAGAAAUGGCGCUGUUCGCCGAGCAGUGCGCGGAGAUCGACAUCCUAAUCACCACGGCCGCGCUGCCUGGGCGCCCCGCGCCGAAGCUUAUCAAGCGCGAGCACGUCGACCUGAUGAAGCCUGGGAGCGUCAUCGUAGAUCUCGCGGCGCCGAGUGGCGGAAACGUGGAACGGACGCGCCCUGGAGAGACGUACCUUUACAGCGAGAAAGUAACCGUCGUCGGCUGGACGGACCUGCCGUCGCGAAUGGCGCCGCAAGCCUCAGAGAUGUUCGCGCGGAAUCUCUUCAACCUGCUCCAACACAUGGGGGGUGGAGCCCGCUUCUCUGUCAACUUUGGCGACCAGGUCAUCCGCGCCAUCACCGUCACGCGCAACGGUGAACAAACCUUUCCGCCUCCCGCGCUCAAGAAGGACGACCCGCCCCUCGCGCGCACCGCCUCGGGCGCGAGCUCACGGCACCUGACGUCGGCGCAUGCAGCGGGCGAGGAGGAGGCGCGCAAGCCCGCGGCUCCGCGCAGCUGGAGCGAGAGGCUGCAGAUGCGUCUGCAGACGCGGUGGCGGGGGAUCGUCGCGCCGCUGGACAUCCUCACAGUUAUCGCGAUUGCGGCCUUCACGGCGCUCUUCGCGGCGACCGCGCCGCCCUCCUUCCCGCCCCUCUUGUUUGUCUUCCUGCUCGCGUGUUUCGUGGGCUAUCUGCUGGUGUGGAACGUCGCGCCCGCGCUCCACACGCCGCUCAUGUCAGUCACCAACGCCAUCAGCGGCGCCGUACUCGUGGGCGGGAUGCUGGGCAUCGGCGCGCGCGCGUACGAAGUCCUGGAUCGAGACGCGGUCUGCCCCCGCGGCCAACUUGGCCCUCUGGAGCCCUUCUACUGCCGCUCGCGGGGCGCCGCCGCCACUGUCUUGAACGCCGUCGCGAUCGCCGUCGCCUCGAUGAACGUCUUUGGCGGAUUCGCAGUCACCCAGCGCAUGCUCAACAUGUUCAGAAAGUCAGCCGCGAACUAG